AUGUGUGAUAAAACUGAAGUGUUAAGUCAUCUACUUCAAAAGGGUUUUCCAAGAAAGUACACAUUUUGGUACAUGCAUGGGGAAAAACAUAUUCAAUCCAAUGUUGAAGAAGCACAAGCACGCGAAGACCCAAUUAGACAAUAUCCAAUGCAAGAUAUGUUAAAUGAUGUUUUUGGUGUCUUUGAUGAUCAUGGAAUUGAAGAUUCUGACACAUCAAAUCAACCUAAUGGCGACCACACUGGGGGUACAAAAGAUGCCAGUAAAGAAGAGUUAGAAAAAAUUAAAGAAUUGCUAAGGGAUGGGAAUCAAGAACUCUAUGAUGGUUGCACAAAAUAUAGCAAAUUGUCAUUCAUUGUUCGGUUGUAUCAUAUAAAAGUCUUAUGUGGUGCAACUGAUAAAACAUUUUCUUUGAUUAUUGAACUUUUAAAUGAUGCUUUUCCCCAUGCUAAAUUGCCAACAUCUUUCUAUGAGGCAAAAAAGAUGAUUAAAAGGUUGGGUCUAAGCUAUGAUAAGAUUCAUGCAUGUCCAAAAAAUUGCAUGUUAUUUUGGGGUUCACCGGAGGCUGAGAAGAUGGAUAAAUGCGAGAAGUGCAACACAUCCAGAUGGAAAUCAAAUGAAAAUGAUGGUGGUGCAAAUAAUAUGAUGGACGACACAAAGAAGAAAAAAACAAAACCAGCAAAAGUAUUGCGAUACUUUCCACUUAUACCUAGAUUGCUGAGACUAUACAUGUGCUCUAAAACUGCAGAGCAGUUGAAAUGGCAUGCUACGGGGGUAAACCCAGAUGGGUUAUUAAGGCAUCCUAGAGAUAGUAAAGCCUGGAAGGAAUUUGACUUAUUGUAUCCGGAUUUCGCUUCAGAGCCGCGUAAUUUACGAAUUGCAUUAGCUACCGAUGGUUUCAAUCCAUUUGGAACUUUAAGUUCCAAUAAUAGCAUUUGGCCAGUGAUGUUGUAUAUUUAUAACUAUCCUCCGUGGUGUUGUAUGAAGCAAACUUCUCUUAUCAUGUCAAUGAUAAUUCCUGGUCCUAAGAUGCCUGGCAAUAAUAUUGAUGUUUACCUGCAGCCCCUAGUUGCAGAAUUACAAAAAUUAUGGAUUGGUGUAGAUGCUUAUGAUUCCUCUACUGAUGAAAUGUUUCAAAUGCGUGCUUCAUUGUUUUGUACUAUAAGUGACUUUCCAGGUCUUGACAACUUAUCUGGGUGGAAUACACAUACAUUGCUUGCUUGUCCAUCAUGUAAUUUUAACACAGAAUCUAAAAGGUUGAAGUUUGGUAGAAAAAAUUGUUUCAUGGGGCAUCGUCGGUAUUUGUCACCUGAUCACAAGUACAGAUACAACAAACAUUCCUUUGAUGGUUCUACUGAACUUAGGCCUGCGCCUAUUCCACCAUCAGGUUCAGACAUGUUAAGACAAAUUGAGGUGAGUCAAAAAAGGGUUGAGGAUGAAGGUACAAGUGAGAUUGGCCCACAACAAUGGAAGAAAAAGAGUAUCUUUUGGGAUCUACCGUAUUGGGAGCAUAACCUCAUUCGUCAUUGCCUUGAUAUGAUGCAUAUAGAAAAAAAUGUUUGUAUGGGAAUUAGAGAAAAGCUUCAUCCAUAUCCUAAUUCCUCUAAGUUUCCUCCAUCAUGCUUUAAAAUGAAGAAUUUGGAGAAAGAUAUCUUCCUAAAAGUUCUAAAGAAUGUGAUUUUCCCUGAUAAUUACUCAUCAAACAUUUCUAGAUGCAUUGACAUUAAGAAACGCAAGAUCUCUGGUUUAAAGAGUCAUGAUUCACACAUUCUGAUGGAGCAUCUUUUGCCAAUUGCCUUAAGAAGAACUCUUCCUAAAGAAGUUACUUCUAUUUUGAUUGAGCUAUGUAACUACUUUAGAGAAGUAUCAAGCAAAGUUUUAGAUGUCAAGUAUUUAGAGAAACUACAACAACGAAUUGCUUUGACCCUUUGCCACAUAUUUUAA